UGCUGUCGCAAGAGAUAUCGAUGCCAUUCCAACAGGAGAUAAAGAGGAUGCUAGCCAAUACCAAUACAUUUCUGCUCACAAAGUUAAAAAGGAUGAACCGGUUGUCAACCCAAUGUUUGCAAAGCCUGGAGAAAAUUAAUAAAAAAAUUUUUAGAAAAUGUUUUAAAAAUAAAAAUUUCAUAUUUUUAAAUCAAAAUGAAAAAUAA